AUGGGAGAGGAACUAUUCAAGAGAAAGAUGGAAGAGGCUGAUGAGGUAUAUACUCGUCAAAUCAUUAAGAUUUCACCAAAAUAUUUUUUAACUGACUGAAAGCUGACUGACAUUUUGAAUUGUACGGGUUGAAGAGAAUCUGGUUUGUUUGGCACCAAGAAAUUGGUUUAUUUGAGUUGUCAUAUACAAAGAAAUAUCACAAGUAUUGUUUCAUAACAUGUACAAUAGGCCAUCAUAUCACAAUACUAAUAAAAGGAGGCUAAUUUUCAUAAACCCGGUCCCAGUCUUCAAGCGAAUUUCGGACCUAUCAAGUUAGUGAGUCAAAUUUUCGGCAAUCAUUGUGCGUUGUAUCGUUUGGAAAAACACAGAGAGAGUGCCACAAAAAUUCUACGGGAGUUAUAAAACACACCCUGAUCUCAUCAGUACAACACAGCAUCACUCUUGCAACAAGUCACCCGUUAAAUCGUUCGUAACUCUCGUCGAAUAAAAACGAUAAAUUCACUGAUUUAGUCCUGUCUCUUUAAGCCCCCUCCAGAUUCUGGACCCUUCAGUGCAUCACAAAUGAAGCUCUUUGUUAAGAAAUAUGAAAUCGCCUACGCCUUAAGGACAUUGGCAACGCAAAAACAAGGGACUUCUCCUGAUGUAGUCGGGGCUAUAGGUGCCGUAACAGUCUUGAAAAACCCACUCCUCCCUGCUCACGACUUUUUCCCAGAAGGACACGUGUUCCCAGUGCGUUUGCGUCACAGUAACUUUAUGGCAACUGACGAUGCACAACUGGACAUUAGAACAGUUUCUUUAAAAUUUGCCGACUGUGACUCGGAGUCCCCUUUUGAUCUGAUGAUGCAAACGGGCGAAGAGGCGGCAUUUUGGAGCAUUUUUAGCUUUGACAAGAUGUUAUCAGCCUUAAAGGAGGGCCCAAAAGCUUUUAAAGAAUAUUGUCUGGAAGAUCCUUGGCAGUAAGUCUUGAUUAUAGAUUUCAUUUGUUUAUUAAAUGUAUCUCCCUGACCUUAUUUAAAAACAUCUUUUUUGUCCCGACAACACUGUUAAUGCAAUUAACUGCUAAACAGUGCCGCCUUUUUCUGGGUCUCCGGCUGUCUACCAGGAUUUGAGUACGCGCAAUGAUUAACCUGCCGAAAAAGCCAUUGUCGAUUUGCCAAUCAGGUUGAACUAAUUUUCGGUACUUCUUUGAGUCCUUUGGGGGCCCAGGACAAGGAUCUUGGCGCUGUUUCACAGACGUCACUAACAAGGAUUAGAUGACGUUUGCGACGCAGGCUAUUAUUAUCAUUAAAUUUCGCAUCAAUUUUUAUUAUUUUCAAGUUCUUAGUUUCUACCUAGCCAUAGCCGUUUUUCGCCGAGCACCAAAAUCUUUUACCGAUCAACGAUAUUACUCGUGGAUGGUUUUUGAAUACAAAGCAAAGGAUGGCAAGCCACGUUACGCCAAAUUUCGCCUCGUUCCCGCGGAUAACAGAGUGGAGACUGGACUGAUGACAGAACAAGAACAAAGAACUCCUUGGUAAGAUUGAAAGAACUUGCCUAUAUGAGAUGUUAGUAAUUGUGCUUUUCAAUAACAUGCCAAUUCUUAAGUCAUGUAACGACCACUUUCAUAAUUUUUGUUAUCUAAAACCACAUUUGCAGGGACAAUUGGAGAUCAAUAGGGGAAAGAAGACCAGAGAACUACUUAACUGCAGAGUUUGAAGAACGAAUAUCGGGUGAAGGUAUACAAUACAAGCUCCAAAUACAACUCCAUGAAAUUCAACCAGGCGACUCCCACCUUAUACUUCACGCGGCAAGAGCCUGGGAUCAAGACACUCACCCUUGGCUAGACCUUGCUGAUGUAAAAUUGACGUCACUUUUGCCGGGUGACGUAGUUAGGGACACGCACACCUCAUUGACUAAUGCUCCACCGUCCAUUUCGCUUCCUCCUGCCAAGACUAUUUAUGACUACAGCUCCCUUGCACAUCUGGGAACUAAAGUCAGCAUAGUCUCAAGUGAAUUGAGUGUCCCGAAAUCCCCUGUAAAAGAAGAUAUAUCAAUCUACUGCAUUUCUGUGACAACUGGGAACAGAAAAGGAGCUGGUACUGAUGCUAACGUGACCCUCACAAUAACCGGUAAGGAUCACAAUUAUUACGAUUAUAAUAAAGCAGGGGUGGUGCAGUAGCCAGCGCACCUCGCCUCAUCACCAGUGUCACCACCCUAAUUCAAAUCGCAUUGUGACGCCAUACAAGUAAAUGGGUAUAGCUAGUUGCUACUAUAAUUGCCAAUCUUAGUUCCAAACCUUACCAUUUGCCAGUUUCAAACAGCUAAUAUCAAUACACAAUUUCAGAUCCUAGGCGUACAACUAUACCCUUUGGCGUCGCAUACUGUAUGCCUAUAUCUCAUAUUGUGUACACCGUGUUACUAAUCAAGUGUUACAAAGGUCAAACUGCCGAUCCAUACAAUGCCCCCUGGCGAAAGAGCCAGGGAAGAUAUCCCAAAUUUUGAGACGAACAAUGUUUGUAUCAGGUUAUGACACUGAGCCCGCAUUCUUAUUCUGAUGAUGAAUGUCUCUUACAAACCUCUAUUAUCUCAAUUUCUUAGGAACAAAUGGAAGAACAAAACCCCUUUUGAUGGACAAAUGGUUUCACAAUGACUUCGAGGCGGGGACUCAAGAUACAUACACUUUGGAAGGAGAGGAUGUGGGCGAGCUAUUGAUGAUUAAACUGGAUAAUGACCAGAACGGUCUGUUUAGCGACUGGUUUGUGGAGAAAGUGUUAAUAACCUGCAGCCAGAAUCCUCAGAGGCUGUACGAGUUCCCCUGCCAUCGCUGGGUGCAAAGCGAAUCUGUUUUCUUUGAAGGAAAAGGUAGGUUUUUGUGUUUUGUCUUAUUUAGCUCCGUACAUUAGGAAAAUUGAAUCAUGCUUUCAUCCCAUAACAAAAGAAUAUACCUAUGGCGCUGAUGAGUUACCGAUCGGGGGAGGAGUUUUUCUCUAUAGUGGUGCGUUCAGCUGGUACUCUAAGCCCUUCUCAUAUAUAAGGACAUGCUUUACCCUAACCUUAAUGCUACCAUACUCGUCACAUUGGAAACAGUGCUUGUCACGUGCACCCCUCUACGUAUCGUCAACUUCAAAAAACUGGCAGACUCGACAUUGGGAAAAGGAGAGAAGGAUAGCAUGCUAGGAAAAGAUGCAAAAAUGGGCUGUGAAGAUAUGGUUUGGAAAAAUCCUCAGCUUUAGCCUGCGACGAGUAUUAUAGAUUCCUUUUCCCGUCAAAGAGUUGAUUUCAACCAGUAUUUUUUUGCAGAUCUGUGUAUUAAGCUUGCAUGGAGUAAGAGCGGAUUCAAACCUCAACUUAUUAUUCCUUUUCAUAGCAAUGACAGUCACUCAUGAGCAGCACGAAGCCGUGAAAAAUCAGAGAAAGCUGGAACUUCAACAAAGACAAGAAAUCUUUCAAUGGGCAGAUGAUCCUACUUUAUACCACCUACCAGGUUGCAUGAAGGCUGAAAUAAGCACUCUCCCAAAAGAUGUCCAGUUUACACAAGAAGGAGCAGACGACCUCCAUAAUGCCAAACAGAAAGCGCUAGCAAAUCUUGGGCUAAUUAAAUUAUUUAAUCUCUUUGAUUCUUGGGACGACUUUGAUGACUAUCGCAAGGUAUAGAUACACGAUGUCUUUAUAAAACGCAUUCCUUUCUUACUGCUGUUGUACAAAACGCUCCUUUGAAAGAAAACUAUUGGUGUAAGUUAAAUACAUAGCUUCACAAAGUCGUUUGCGCUUUAUGACAGAAGAAGUUAGAAAAUAGCCCCGCAUGGAAUGGCAGGAGACAUCCAAUACGUUUUCAGUGUGCAGCUGAGGGCUAGUAUUGUAACUGUAUGAUUCUACUUACCGUAAGUCUAGACAUUCGCUAGGUUUUGAGUAAUUCCUGGGCCAUGGGUAAGUGGAAGCUAAAAUCCGUGGCAACAGUGAGCCUUCUUCUCCCCCACAUUAGAAAUUUAAAGCCUAAUACAGGCUAUGACAUGACGAAAUGUGUGUCAAGAGCGGAAUUAAAUUGACCACGUACAGUUUUCUAGGGAGAGCUAUUUCCUUUGGGCUGUUCUUCUUUUCUUUCUUCUUUUCCUUCCACUUUGUUCGCCGCUAAUUUGCUUCGCAUUUGGAUUCGUUUUUAACGGAACGCAAGAGUGCGAAUCUGUGACGACCGGUUAGACAGCUUUUGUCUUUUCGAUACUGGGAGCUCAAACCUGCACAGAAAUCUCUCAGUCGUGAUUAUCUCAUCAAUAUUCAGAUAUUAGCACAGCUGAACAAAUUACAAUACAUCAAAAAUGGGCGAUAAAAGUGGAAAGGAUAGUGAAAUUCUAAUAAAGGCAGUCAACGUGAUCGGUAUAAUGCCCUGGUACUGCAAAACUUUCUGAUCCUUUCUAUCACCAAAUGAAGUCCAGCAAAGGAAUCAGAAAAACGGUUAUCAAUAUUAUAUAGAUUUGGCAAGUCCAAGAGCGGAGCUUCCGUCAAUAUACUUAUAAUUUAGUUAAAGCAAUUAGCUUUAGGUGCCCACUUUCAACUUUUGAGGGAGGGGCUGGAAUUACCAAGACAUAACCAAUAAAAUGCCACAGCAAGAAAUAAUCCUUUUGUUUCAGGCAUUUGUCGCGUUUGUUGGUGAUGUUCCGUCAGCUGCCGAACGCUGGCAAGAUGACCGUUUUUACGGAUCGCAGUUCUUGAAUGGCUGUAACCCAGACACGAUCAAGCGUUGCAUAGAACUGCCGUCAAAGUUUCCUGUCACUCAGGAACUGGUUGGAAAUUUGCUGGACGAGAGCGAUACCUUACAGAAAGCGAUGGAGGUUGGUUUUUCUCCAUAUUUUGUUGUCUUUACACUGAUAGAGACGAUUUGCCCAAAAACUUGCCUAAAACGAGUGGCCAAGAGAGCAAAACGUCCACUUCCGUUUGACUUGUAUCGUUUAAAAACGUAUUUAUUUUAAGCUCUCUAUUAUCUCAUCCCAAUGCGCUCUUACAGUGUAAGGCAGGUAGGAUAAGCACUUAUCUUAUCAGCUCAGAUCAUAGAACCAUAUUUUUUAGGAUGGCCGUGUGUACAUGGUUGACUUUGAGAUUCUCGAAGACAUUCCACACUAUGGCCAGAAGAAUGAGUCAUUGGAGAGACGUUACACCUGCCCAGCUAUGGGCUUGUUCUACGUCAGAGGCAAUGGAGACAUUGUUCCCAUAGCCAUACAGUUUCAUCAGGUGCCCAGUGAGGCCAACCCAAUAUGGACGCCAAACGAUACGGAAAUGGACUGGAUCUACGCAAAAAUGUGGCUGCGGAAUGCUGACACACAGUGGCAUCAAGUAAGUAUAUCUUUGCUUGACCAUUGCCUUAUCCCGUUGUUAAAUCUCCUCAACAACCCUGCCAGUCCAGUAAGAUUUGGUUCAUGUAGGAAACGACUGUGUGCGUUAGUCGAUUUGAUGACCCUUUUACCACUAAUUUCAUCCCCUGGUAUUCCAAUCGCGCCUUUUCUUACUCUUUCCAAGGGCUUCUCCUUUCUAUUACGUGGCACAUGUUGUAUCUUGCACUCCCGGACGGUUCGCGCAAUGGUAGCUCCUUUUACGAGUAAGGUGUAUCUUGCAGUUUUUCGAUAUCCAAUACUGACCUUUUACGCCUGAAUUUAGUUCCGUUAAUGUCAAGCUGAAGUAUGAUGUUAACUUCAUUUUGUUAGAUGAUCCCACAUCUCCUCCGCUGUCACCUGUUCAUGGAACCGAUUGCUGUAGCUUGUUGGCGACAGCUUCCUUCAUUGCAUCCGUUAUGGAAGCUACUGAUACCUCAUAUUCGAGGAGUUAUAGCCAUCAACACUCUUGGCAGGGAAAGGCUGAUUCCAGCUGGAGGUGUGGCGGAUAACACUCUCAGUGUGGGUGGAGGAGGUAUACGUUUUUUAUAACUAUAUAAAAACAAGAAAACGAGAAUGGUGGUGGAUCUUAAUGACGCGCCACUUUCUCAACCGAUCAACGGUACAGGCAAAAUCAUUCGUGAAUAAAUUCCCAGAGGGGGUACUCGUACGUAACCGUAAUAAAGAGAGAAGGUAUUUGAACCCUUUGGGACUGUAAUUCGUUUAGCCCUGAAAAAGAGUAUAAGGGUUUGUGCUCUGUGUAAACAGGGUCUCGACACAGGUGAAAGAACAACUGUUCAGGUGUAAAAUGGGAGAGAAAAAAUCAUCUAUUUUGUUCUGAAAUAGUGUGUGGAAAUCACGUAUUUUGGUCUGAAAUAGUGUAGAGAAUGUUACAAAUUUUCGUAAGAAAUAGGGUGAGUGUUUUAGAAAGCAUGGUGAACAUCCAACCCAAAGCUUUCGGGAGGACCAUGCACCUCCCCGCAGGGCUAAAUUUCACGCGUUUAAUUCCGCGAUUAGUAAAUUUCUUUAUUAGUUAAGUCACCCAAUACAAUGAUAGGCUAAUUUCAGCCACAAUACUCAAGACCUGAUAUUUUGGCGUCAAAGUAUUUCUUGCUACUUUCAUCUUACACUUGCUAGCUUCUUUGUUCCCCAAUUCAGCAUAAAGAAAAUGGAAUGAAACCAGAGUCAAAACGUUCUAAGCUCCAUUGGCCUCAAGAAGUGCAUGAUACAAAUACUUAAUAUACUGUAGCUCUAUUGCUGCUAUAUUCUUGUUAAUUCACUUGAUCACCAUUUUGCUAGGUCACAUUGAUCUGAUGAAGAAGUACUACAAGACCAUGAAUUGGUCCUCCUACGAUCUGCCAAAAGUUUUAAAAGACAGAGGCGUGGAUGACCCGGAGAAGCUUCCUAAUUUCCAUUACCGUGACGACGCCUUGAAACUGUGGCACGCCAUAAAAGGGUAUAUCACCAAGAUUCUCUCAUUUUAUUAUCAUUCAGAUGAAGAUAUACAGCAGGUAAGUAAUAAAAAAUGCCUAUUACAAAUGGCCUAUUACAAAUGGGGUGGAAGCUGGAAAUGCAAGGUUCGGGAGACGGGAGGCUUGGACCCCCUCCCCCCCCCGGCCUCUUACCAUUUUAAAACAAAGGCCACACAUAUCAUUGAACUACGCAUGACAUGCUCUUAACUCUCUUUACAUCGUUUGACGCCGAUCAACUGACCCCCAUUGACCUUAAUUUUUUCUUACAGGACACAGAGCUGCAAGCGUGGAUACUUGAUCUCCACGACAACGGCUACUCAAUCAGAGAAGACGAAAGUGAUCAUGGCGUCCCUAAGUCCAUUACAUCCGCUGACCAACUCACUCAUCUACUUACCAUGAUGGUUUUCACCUUCUCCUGUCAACACGCAGCCGUCAACUUUUCUCAGAUGGAUACCUUCGGUUUCCCGCCAAAUUCUCCGGCCCUGAUGAGGCAACCUCCGCCAACAGAAAAAGGCAAGUUGUCAAUGAAAGAUAUGAUGCAAAGUCUUGCCACGAAGCACCAAGCAGGAGUCACAAUAGCGACGGUGUAUGAUAUGACUCGUAUCUUUCCUGAUGAGGUAACCAUUUCUUUCAUUAUAUUUUUUAGCCUACCCUGUCUUUUGUGGCUAGCAAUCUCAGACAAAAAUUGUUCAGACAAGUGCAGGAAACUUCUUGCUACCAUGGCAAAGUAGAAAACAGUUCAUUUUUCAUGAUUUUGAUUUAAUGUAGUUUUGAAGGGGGGCACAGUUCAGCCUUCUACAAUUCCAAAUGUCCCAUUGAUUGAUGACUAAGAUUACUAUUCGAUACCACUAUCAUCAUUGAAACCACGACUAAAUACUGAAUUAUAUUAUUAAGUAUUAAAUAAAAUGACGUCGUCAUAUGAACACGAAAAGGGAGUGUCCGGGAUUGAGUGAUGGUAUCUUCCCAAAUAGUGCUUUGUAUCUAUUGAGUGGUUUGUUUGUAAUUUUGAUAUUACUGCAUUUCCUAUAUGUUUUUAUUAUUCCCUUCAAGCGUUUCCUUGGCGACUACACUGACGGGGGUUUCACUGACAUGGCGGCCAGAGAGGCUAUUUUACGCUUCCAAGGAAAACUCAAUCGCAUUUCGCGAUCCAUUAAGUUACGCAAUGAGUCAUUGGAAGUUCCUUAUACUUACCUGCUUCCAGAAAGGGUACCAAACGGAAUCGGCAUCUAGAAGACCAAGUAUAUUUGUAAUUUACCAUAUAUCACUACUGUACAUAGAUAAAGAGUAAUCACUUUAACAUCAUGACUAACUAUAUAAUGCUUUGUUUGUAAGAUUUACUACAGGUACCGUUUACUUCGCUGCGUUAUUAUACAUUGUACUUACUAUCUGUCUUCUGUCUUCUUCUGUCUGUCUAUCUGUCUAAGAGGCUACCCUUAAUUUUGCGAAUCAAUGCAAUCUUAGGACAAAUUAGUUAAUUACCUGCGAGUAGAUAUCUGACUAAAGCCGUAGGAUUCGCGCGCAAUGCAUUUUUUCCAAGAGUAAUGUCAAGCUGUUCUCCA